AUGUCCCGCCGCCAAAACCAAGACAAGCAGGGGUUACUAGACCAAAUGUGGGGUUUCAAUCGCUCGAACCGCGCGGAUCGAGGGCUUGCGGCGGAUCAGUAUGGAGAAGACCUGGGCCAGGAUUUCGGCGACCAGGGUCUGAGUCAGGGUCAGAAUGAGGGGCAGCAGGAGCGGGGGUCGUGGGAUCAGGUUGAGGAGCCGUUUAAUGUGUCGUCUGGUCCGCCGCAGCAACAUCUUACCCGUGAUCAGUUCCAGUCGCUUAGUGGGUUGGGGAAUGAGACUUCGCAGACGAUGAACCCGCGGGAUAGACCGCGUAAACUGCAUCAGGACAUGCAGGGAGACACGGCCGUUGACCCCUAUGAUGUCGGCGAUGUUGGAUUUAACCGAGAUUCCAGGACUCAGGAGGAGGUUGAACAGGAGCUCUUGCAUACGACAAGCCCGGAGUGA